AUGAAGGAGAAAGCAGUUGAACUUGUUGUGCGAAAUCUCCAUGAUAGAAAGCUAAAAUAUGGGAAAGAGCACGAGAUAAUUUAUGAGAAAAAGCUUGCCAAAGAGAGAAGCAAAGAUGAACACGUCUAUGCUGAUAAAGAUAAGUUUGUAGCAAGUGCUUACAAAAAGAAACUGGCAGAGCAGGCCAAGUGGCUGGAGGAAGAACGACUUCGUGAACUGAGAGAGGAGAAAGAUGAUGUCACAAAGAAGACUGACAUUAGUGAUUUCUAUUUCAACCUCGGAAAAAAUGUUGUUUUUGGUGGAGCGGCUGACUCGGGGAAGCCAAAAGAGAAACAAGAAGAAACAGUGAUUCUAUCAUGA